AUGUCACAGCGGCUGCUAUGGUUGGGGCUGUUGUUCUGCGUAUCUCCUGUCCCAGGGGUCCAGGCUGGAGGUGAGGCGGAACAGAUGAGCCUUCUGGAAGGCAAGAACCUGACCGUGACUUGUCCUUACAACAUCAUGCUGUACCCAUUCUGCCUGAAGGCCUGGCAGCGGCUCAGAAGCCUGGCUUCUCCAGGGACCCAAGUGCUCACAAACACCAGAAAUGGAGACUUAGUUUGGUCCAAGCUAGAAGGUACUUUCUGGGGAUGAUCCCGCCGAAGCUGUUGUCAAAGUCUCAUGGUGACUGGGCUGCAGAGGCAGGAUGUAGGGCUGUACCAGUGUGUGAUCUACCUCUCUCCUGACAAUGCUGCUGUCCUGUAUCAUCGGAUUCAGCCAAGGUGA